CACAAAAGUUUUUUUAAAAAAAAUCAAGAAGAUGAAAGUAUGAGGCUUACAACAGUACAUUUUUGCAGAGAAAAAGACAUUAACUGUAUUUUCGUUUAUUUAAAAAAUAAGAUAUGUUAGACGUUAGCUUUUUGAAAACGAAUAUAUUUAGCCUUGGCAAUGUGGACGCAAAAAAAGUUCUUGACUCGCUUGAGGAGGAUAACAUGAAUGGUUUUGGUAAUGAACAACCAAAAAAAAGAAGGAGAUUAGAUGACUUCACCCCUCAGGAACGGAUGGUUCGGAGAAAACUCAAAAACAGAGUUGCUGCACAAAAUGCAAGGGAUAGGAAAAAAGAAAGAAUGGAUCAGUUGGAAAAUAUUGUUUCUAGGCUGGAAGUUGAGAACAAAGAAUUAAAAAGAAGUAAUGAAGAGCUUCGUACCAGUAUGCACUACCUAAGUGAACAAAAUAAAAAACUUCGUGAAAAAUUGGGAAUGGAUGAUGGCAAAGUUGGAAAUGUGUUGGAAGAAUUAAAGACUGAAGCAACUUUUCCAUCCAAGGUUUUAACACCGGUCGUCCGGGAUUAUGAUCAUAUUGUGAUUAGAAAGAAAGAAGAAUCUGAGUCUGAGCAUGCAUCGCUUAGAAUUUCUCUGCCGCAGAAACUCCAGAUACUUUUUUUUUCCUUAAUCACGAUUUGGUUAACCAACCCCAGACUGACCAGUUACUUGACCUCCUUGGACAAGGCCAACCAAGAGAAAGCACUAAAAACAAUGCUUAUCAAAAAGUUGGAAUUAAAUUUGAGAAAGAAAUAUGGCAAGAAACAGAAGUCAAUACAGGCUUUGCUUCGAAUGAAUCUAGUGCCACUUUUUCAAAUAUGUCUGCAGAAGAAGAAAAUGAAUUAUUUGAACUCUGUGAGGAUAUCAAAAGUUUGGUGGGGGAAUCAGACAAUUUUAUAGUAGAUACAGACAACCUUAAGGUAUCAGAAGAUACAUUGUCAGAAGUAUGCCCUGGUGGGGAUGUACCAACUAAUGUGUUAAACUUUCUGGAUGAUACAGACUGUCUUGAUUGUCUUAGCGAUUACAUGAAAAGUGGUAAUUCCUUGGAGAACCCUUUAUCUUUAAUGGAUGACUUUUCAAUAAUCACGCCAACCGAUAAUUGGGACAAGGUAUUCACUGAAUUGUUUCCAUCUCUGCAAACAGUUUAGUUUGUUGUAAAGAAUACACAUAUACAUUAUACAUCCUUUCCUUGUUUUAUGUUAAAAUGACACACUGUCAUUAAGAGGAAUCCAAAUAUUUUUAUAUUUUCAAAAUUGUAAAUAUUCAUAUUGUAUAGAGAGAUUUAGCACUAACAAUAUAUUAACUUAUACAAUCUAAA